AUUCCGAUAAAGGAAGUCGGGGAGGGGAAUUCCCGAUAAACUUUCCUAGCCAAAUCUCCUACAAACUUUCCAAAUGAGGAGGAAAUUCGUUGUAAACAUGUGAUUUCAGGAAAAAGAUAAAAUGUUGGAGGGUGUUCAGUAUUAUCAGUGGUAUCACUGACCUAUAACCUUUCAGUAUGGAUCAUCGAAGUCAAGCUGAAGAACUUUAUAAACUCACCAGGUGUAACAGUUCUGAAGACAGUAAUCAAUUAACUACAGUAAAAGAGUAUCUACGACAUUUUGUCUGUAAAUGUCAACCUUCACAGAAGUUCAAGGUCAAAGAGAUUCCAAGUAUCAUUAUGAAGAGUGCGAAACAAGCAAGUUUUAUAUCAUCUAAGGCCAGUGAAUCUUUUGAGAAGUUAGAGUAUUAUUUCAGUCUAGUGUCAAGUAACCCAUGGAAGGCUGAAUUCCACACAAUUAAGAAAUACAGUGGAUUUUUUCAGACAAAGAUAGCAUCUCAUCUUACUGGAGUUGAAGAAUUGUUUAGAAUUGCUGGAUAUAGUGAAAAUCCUAUAAAAAAUGAGUUUAAAUUAAGUAAGAAUAUUAACAAAGAAUUGCUUUUAGCAUUGGCAUUUGAGUGUUUUAUUGCUUCUGUAGAAUGCAUUAUUAUUCAUGAACUGCAGAUAAGAACUAAGUUCUCGAUAAAUGCAGCUGAAAUAGCGGACUUACGAACAACAUACUGUGGUGACGUUGAAGAAAUGUAUUCUGUUUUGAGAAAAUCGUUUAACUUAAAAAAGGACGAUUGCAUUAUUACAUCACCAGAUCAUACAAUAAAAAAUAUUGAUUACGUUGAUCAGUUGUCUCCAAGGCAACCACAAAUGAGGACACAACAUGGACAAGCACUUUCUGUUGUCGAGAGUGAUGUUAGACCAGAAAUACAAAAUAGUGAAUUUAAAGAAGGCACAUUGGAAGAUCAUAUGAUGGCAAGUUUGCAAUUAAUUGAAGAAGAAAAAGAAGAAAUGUCACAGACACCUAAACAACCUUCUGUUCGACCAUCAGAUGAAUGGUCAUUUGUAAAUGAAGGCUUAUUGAAAAAAUACGGAGAAAAAUACUUCAAUGGACAAAGAGGAAACAUCCUACAAACUCCUUCAAGUAAAGAGAGUCGACCUUAUCGUGACUCUGGAAUAGAAUCUGGAGUUCCAUCGGAAUUACCAUAUGCGGACGUGGAUACCAUAAGGACUCGAAGUACUCGUGUUAUUAAGGAAAAAAAUCCACAUAGUGCUGUUCAUGCUCAGAUUUCAUGGCCAACUCAUCCAGAACAAUCACCCCUUCAUCGACCACAGUAUUCAUGGCCACAGCACGAGCCUCCGGUACCACCGGUUCACAGACCACAAUUUUCUUCUCCCUUUCCACAAGGACAACAACAAACAACGAAAGCAGAACUUUUAAGGGCCAGAAAUAAAUCCGUUAGUUCAGCUUUUGCACCUGAUCAAUGGCCGCCAAAAGAAAAUAUUAAGUCUGAAAUCUUAGAACAGUCAACAGCUGAUGACAUUGUUGGAGUUAUUCGACCCUCAAGGUCAAUAACAAAGACGGACUUUGUUGGUGAGACCCCACAAAACCCUACUGCUGCACCUGUUUAUUCACGCAUAUCCAAACCUGUUGUGAAUGAUAAGCUCUCAUCCCCUGGGCAUUGUCAACCAUAUGCUUUCAGUAGCCAUUCUGCUCCUGUUGCACGUAGGGAGCCAGAAGAAAGAAUACCAUCAUGUAGCCUGGGAGAUGAAGAGACAUGGAUUUGUGAUCACUGUACCAUGAAAAACAAUAGAUAUGUCAAUACAUGCUACAUGUGUUCUAAAAGUAGGGAUAUCGUCAAAUCUCCAGAUGUACGAUGGGGAAAGCAGUGUCCACGAUGUACAUUACUAAAUAAAGCAGAUUCGUAUGCCUGCGAAGCGUGUGAUAAUAAACUCCCAGAAGCUUGUGAUAAUCCUGUGUAGCAUUGUUCGUCAGGUACCUUUAAUAGUUCAAAUAGAAAUUUAGUAAUUGAUAAACUAAUCUUAAAUAUUUCGGAAAAACUAGACUACCUGAUUAUACAAAUAUUAACCUUUUUUGACAAAGUUAAUAGAUUUUAUUAAAAUUUCUCAGCCCUGUCAUGAUAAUUUUUUAGUUUUAUUUCGAAGUUAUAAACAAUUGAAUUAUAUAUUUUAUUUUAGUGUGAAUAUUUUAGAUGAGUAAAUGCUUUAUGUUAGGACUAGUCCAUUAAAUGAUGCAAGUAUAAACUAUAACAAUUAUUGUCAGCUGUCACAUGGGUUCCAAUUAGUGUGGUUCCAAAGUCCAAGAGCUGUCUUUUCUGGGAGUUACUGUUUAAUUUUGAAUUGCAAAAGUCAAGGACUCUAAUUUUUGUCGAGCCUUCGACUUUUGUCGAAAAAGCGAGACAUAGCGAUCCUACAUUCCGUCGGCGUCGUCGUCGGCGGCGGCGGCCACAAAUAUUCACUCUGUGGUUAAAGUUUUUGAAAUUUUAAUAACUUUCUUAAACUAUCCUGGAUUUCUACCAAACUUGGACAGAAGCUUGUUUAUGAUCAUAAGAUAAUAUUCAAAAGUAAAUUUUGUAAAAAAAAAAUUCCCAAUUUUUCCGUAUUUUACUUAUAAAUGGACUUAGUUUUUCUGCCAAGAAACAUAACAUUCACUCUGUGGUUAAAGUUUUUGAAAUUUUAAUAACUUUCUUAAACUAUCCUGGAUUUCUACCAAACUUGGACAGAAGCUUGUUUAUGAUCAUAAGAUAAUAUUCAAAAGUAAAUUUUGUAAAAAAAAAAAUCCAUUUUUUCCGUAUUUUACUUAUAAAUGGACUUAGUUUUUCUGCCAAGAAACAUUACAUUCACUCUGUGGUUAAAGUUUUUGAAAUUUUAAUAACUUUCUUAAACUAUCCUGGAUUUCUACCAAACUUGGAAA